AUGUGUAAACAAAUGCACAGUAACAAUAAUCAUCAAUAGAUAUUCACAUUGAAGAAAGUCUGUUUAAUGAAAAAAAUAGCUAAGAGUUGUAUUAAAUCAAAUAAGGUGUUAAAGUACAUGAAAAUCAAUAUUAAGAUAACUAAUAACCUUGUAUUUUUUCUACUUAAGGAUCAUAUCGUACAUACGAAAGCUAUAUUGAUUAGUUAUCAAAGUUAAGGUUUUUAAGUUUUUAUGAAUCAGAGAUUAUAUAAUAUCCCCCGAAUUAAUGAUUUGAAUUUGUUUUCAAUCUUAAUUUAUUUCUCCUCAUCAAAGACAAAAAGAGGAAAAUUAAUUAUUUCUUACAAAGCUAACUUAUAAAUUGAAAUAGAUAAAUAGAAAGAAAGAAAUAUGGAUAAAGAGAUAGAUAAAUAGAUAGAUAAAUAAACAAAUAAAUAAAUAAAUAGUCUAAAAAGAUACCUUUUUCGUUAAUAACUAUUUUAUUUAUAAACUCUUAAAAAUUAAUAAACAAAAAAUAAGGUAAAUACCUAUAUUUGUAUUCAAAUUAAAUUAAAAAUGCAAAAAGAAAAGGUCAAAUAAUGUGUCUAUAAGAAAUAAAAGGUUAUUCAAGGCUUAUUCAUACAACUAACAAAAUAACUAACUAACUUAAAAAACUUUGAUAAGGUAAUAAAAUUGCUUUAUUAUAAAAUUAUUUAUUUAAAUUAUUAAAUCCUUUAUAAUCACUAAAGCAAAUUAAUCAAUUUUACUGAGUGUUUAAACAGUUUUUAUAAUGUAAUAAAAGUGAUUAAUAAGGCUAGUAAUUAUAUUAUAUUAUAUAAUUCUAUACUGUAUUUAUUUAUUGUAUUACAUUAAGUUUUAAUGUUUUACUUGUUAUCAAUCUUCAUGUAAAAUAUUUUUAAAAACCUCAUAAAAAUUUGUUUAAAAUUGUGA